CCAACUCUCCUCCUCCCGGCUCCCGCCCCUCUCUCUCUCUCUCUCUCUCUCUCUCACUCUCACUCUCAGACAGAGAACAUAGACGGAGACGACGCCAUGGACCGGAUGAAGCCUAACGCCGCCAACAGCUGCCCGCUGACUCCUCUGGGCUUCCUCGAGCGCACCACCACUGUCUACGGUGACUGCCCUUCCGUCAUCUACCACCGCACCGUCUUCACCUGGUCCCAGACCCUCCGACGCUGCCUCCGCCUCGCCUCCUCCCUCUCCUCCCUCGGCAUCUCUCGCGGCGACGUCGUCUCGGUGCUGGCCCCGAAUGUGCCGGCCAUUUACGAGAUGCACUUCGGCGUCCCGAUGAGCGGCGCCGUCCUCAACACCAUCAACAUCCGCCUCGACGCCCGCACCAUCUCCGUCCUCCUCCACCACGGCGGUUCAAAACUCGUCUUCGUCGAUCCCCUGUCCCUCCCCCUCCUCCGCGACGCCCUCCGACUCCUCCCCCACUCUCACCAACCCCCCCGAGUGGUCCCCAUCGAAGAUCCCUACGAGGAGAACGGCAAAACCACCGACGUUUCCGCCGGCGGCGAUGGCGGCCUCACCUAUGAGAAAUUAAUCGAGGUGGGCGACCCGGAGUUCAACUGGGUCCGGCCCAAGAGCGAGUGGGACCCCAUGGUUCUCAACUACACGUCCGGCACUACCUCCGCCCCUAAAGGCGUCGUCCACUUCCAUCGCGGCCUCUACAUCGUCACCGUCGACUCCCUCAUCGAGUGGUCCGUCCCCAAGCAACCGGUCUAUCUCUGGACCCUCCCCAUGUUCCACGGCAACGGUUGGAGCUACCCCUGGGGCAUCGCUGCCGCCGGCGGCACCAACGUCUGCCUCCGCCGCUUCGACGCCGCCACCAUCUACGCCGCCAUCGCCACCCACCGAGUCACCCACAUGUGCGGCGCCCCCGUCGUCCUCAACAUGCUCGCCAACGCCCCGGACUCCGCCCGCAAGCCCCUCCCCGGCCCGGUUCAGAUCUUGACCGCCGGCGCUCCGCCACCAGCAUCGGUGCUCCACCGAGUGGAGGCGCUCGGCUUCUCUGUUAGCCACGGGUACGGGCUCACCGAGACGGGCGGAAUGGCGUUGUCCUGCGCGUGGAAGGCGGAAUGGGACCGGCUGCCGCCGGCGGAACGGGCCAGACUCAAAGCGCGACAAGGGGUUCGUACUUUGGCAAUGACAGAUAUCGACGUCAUCGACGGCGCCACCGGCCAGAGCGUCCGGCGAGACGGUGCUACAAUGGGGGAGAUAGUUCUCCGCGGCGGGUACGUGAUGCUUGGUUACUUAAAAGACGAGGAGGGUACUAAGCAGGCAGUGCGGCCGGACGGUUGGUUCUACACCGGCGACGUAGGGGUCAUGCAUGCGGACGGGUACGUGGAGAUCAAGGACCGGUCCAAGGACGUGAUCAUAAGCGGCGGCGAGAAUGUGAGCUCGGUGGAGGUGGAGUCGGUGCUAUAUGAACACCCGGCGGUGAACGAGGCGGCGGUGGUGGCGCGGCCGGACGACUACUGGGGGGAGACCACGUGCGCGUUUGUUAGCAUGAAGGAAGGGGUGUUGGCGCCGCCGACGGAGGAGGAGGUGAUUGCUUGGUGCCGGGAGAGGAUGCCUCACUACAUGGCGCCGAAGACGGUGGUUUUCAAGCCGGAACUUCCGAAGACAUCAACCGGGAAGAUUCAGAAGUACGUUCUGAGGGAGAUGGCCAGGGCCAUGGGAACCCCUCGGCCGAGUCGGAUGUAGGGAAUCGGUAAGACGGGCGAGUUGAGGUUGGUAGGAGGUUUGUAUGUCAUUUUAUUUUUUUUAUUUCAAUUUGGUGGACACGUCUACGUUGCUUGGCCGCGAAAAAUUGAUGCUUAUAUCUUAAAGCUUGCUUCCCAGCUGAUAUCGUAAACGAAAAUGAUGUCAAGACGCAACUGUUUGUCCUAUUACUGGCUAUGGUUUAAUAAUAAAUCUAAGCUGUUGUGUUUGUUAA